CUCCUUGGAGGCACGACAAAUUUACAAGUCAGUUGCUGCCACUGUUUUCUAUAAAAUCAAAACUUGCACGGAAGUGAAGUGAAGCGAGAUGGGAUCUUGAAGUUGAAGACAAGGCAGUUGUUCAGUCUCCUCUAGCACAGCACUAGCGAGUGACUGCCCCAGGCGGAUAUUCUGAAUCCAAGGAGGAAAGAUGAGGCCGCGGCUGGUGCUCUUCGGCGACUCCAUCACCGAGCUCUCCUUCGCCGACGGCGGCUGGGGCGCCGCCCUCGCCGACCACUUCGCCCGCAAGGCCGACGUGGUGCUGCGCGGGUUCAGCGGCUACAACACGCGGUGGGCGCUGCGGGUGCUGGCGAGGGCGAUGGAGGGCGCGGCCGCCGCCGCGGACCCGGCGGCCGUCACGGUGUUCUUCGGCGCCAACGACGCGUCGCUGCCGGAACGGAAGCAGGUGCACCAGCACGUGCCGCUCGACGAGUACCAGAGCAACCUCCGCUCCAUCUGCGCCUACUUCAAGGAGCAAUGGCCCUCCACUAAAAUUAUACUCAUCACGCCUCCACCAAUCUAUGAACCGGCGAGAAUCCGGGACAUGUAUGGAGAAGAUGACCCUUCAAAACUACCUGAAAGAACCAAUGAAGCUGCUGGCACUUAUGCACAGGCAUGCCUGACAGUUGCUAAAGAAUUGAACCAUCCAGUCAUAGACAUCUGGACAAAGAUGCAGCAAUUUCCUGACUGGCAAACAUCUGCAUUAUGUGAUGGACUGCACUUCACCCCAUUGGGAAACAAAAUUUUGUUUGACUGUGUGCUGGAGACACUGGAAAGCAUUGGUUUCAGCCAAGGGAGUCUUCAACCAGAUCUUCCUCUCUUCCAUGAUAUCGACCCAAAGGACCCUUUGAAAGCCUUUGAAAUCUGAAGAAGGUCCCGGCCGGCAUGGUUUGUUCAGGCACGGAUACUCGUUGUAACAGGGACACCUUAUGCCAUCGUGUUGUGCCAGCUGUAUGUGCUUGAAUUUUCCAUUAUAAGAUGGUUGAAUUUCCAUGUAGAACAUAAUAAAUGGUUUGUAUUUCCAUGUAGAACAUAAUAAAUAGUCAUACAAUUCCAUGGUUCACAUUUAAAAAGAAAGGGAAAUUUAUUUUGGAUCUG